AUGUGCAUGUAUUUUGGUGGAAAUGAUUCGGGGAAUGUUAUUCAAAACUCAUCAAAGAAACCAUCGGAAAAUAAAAUUCAAAAACAACUUUGCUCGAUCACCACUUCAGAACUUGAACAAUCUUACAUUACUGAUUUCGAUAUCGAAUCUACUCAAAAAAUGAUGAAUGAUGACUCUUUGGAAAUGUGUGAUAAUUAUUAUGAAAAAGAACAUUUUGAUUGUUGUGAACUUUAUCAAAGUUCUGAACAAAGUUCUGAGCAAAGUCCCGAACAAACCUCUGAACAAAGCCCUGAACAAAACUAUGAACAGAGCCCUGAACAGAGCCCUGAACAGAAUCCUGAACAAAGGUCUGAACAGAGUCCUGAACAGAGCCCUGAACAAAGUUCUGAACAAAGCUUUGAACAGGAAUCCAAAAAUUCGAGUGACAACUCUCCAAUCAUUAGUAAUGAUCCAGGCUUUCAUUAUGAUUACUCUUAUUUUUCCGAUGGUACUAUCGAAGAAUCACCUCUCCAAACGCCGAUCCGUGAAACUUUUGAACAUCAAUUUGAAUCUUUACCUUCAUUUGACAAUAAUAUUUAUACCAUUUCGAGCGAUCAAAAUGAACUCAAUGAAAUCCAUAAAUACACCACAGAUAACGUUAAUAACCAAAUAUCUUCAAAUCCUCUUGGAAUUCAUAAUAAUUUAUUCCCAGUGGAGACAAAUAUGUUUGUAUUAUCUAAUUCAAACAAUCUGCCUCUUAUAUUUGAUAACGUUACGACAUUAUUUCAAGGCGAUUUGAGAAUUGAUUUGCCUUGCGGGAUGGAUUUUGAAAGUUUUUAUUAUAACUACUAG